AGCAAUUAUCUGUUCUUGAAAUUCCUGACUGGAUCUUUUCACCCUGACAAAUGAAGAAGGCAAUAAAAGUGGUAAACAUUUAAUCACGUGAUUUAUCACUUGAUCCUGACAGUUCUGGGUGUCACGAACAGAUGAUCAGGACGAGCUUCCUAGUUUUCCUUCAAAUCAACGACCUCCCUUUACGCUUUGAUCGUCUCCAAGUGAGCUGUCCUAACCGUAGACGAUCUUUUGAGCUCACCUGUCGCUAGGAUACUUUGCCCUCCUCUCCUGCCACGCCAUUGGAGGAUGAGUGAUGGGGGAAGUACUGCUCCGCUGGAAGUUUACCUUCGUUUAGAAAAUUAAAGUCUAAAACAAGAGAGCAAUCGCUGUGAUUGGAACUUUUUAGGUGGUCUGUUGUUUCAAAAGUGACUUUAUUCCAUAAUCUUAAGGAGUCCAGCCGUGUCGCGAUGGAGUUUGGAGAAGAAUCGUCGCCUGCUCUGGCCUUCGAGAAGGACGCUUUUGAGCUCACUGUCGAAGAUGUGUAUGACAUUUCCUACGUGAUCGGCCGAGAUUUGUUAAAAAUAAGCAGCACCGGUGAAGAAGUGUCGGAUUUGCAGUUCAGGAUAGUCCGAGUCCUGGAAAUGUUUGAAACUCUGGUGAACAAGUACAAUCUGUCAGUGGAGGAGCUGAAAAUGGAGCGGGACAACCUGAAGGCAGAGCUGGACAGGAUCAUCAGGGAGGGCUCUUCCUCCUCCGGACAGAGCGGGCAGCAAACUGUGGCAGCUAAUCAACUGGUGGUGGACCUGAAUGACCCCAACAGACCGCGCUUCACAAUGCAGGAGCUGAAGGAGGUUCUGCAGGAGAGGAACCAGCUGAAGGCUCAGCUCAUGGUGGCCCAAGAGGAGCUUCAGCUGUAUAAGAGUGGGAUUCUACCUCAGUCCGAACCCACCAUGGUCGACGUGGAUCUGGGUACGCCGCCAGCCACAGAGGAUAGUUCAUCCACAGUAAAUGAAAAGACAACUAUAGGAAAACUGUUUUCAUUCAGGAGAAAAUGAGAGGAAUCCUUCAGACGAUCUCACUGUCUUGGAGGCAAAUGGGAUUUAUCUGCACAAUUUUUAACCACUUUUGUAAUUAUUGUUGUUUUCACAUGUCAGUCUAACAAUAUUUUGUAUCAUUUUUAACCUAAUAUGAUUUUAAGUAUUACAAUACUGGAAAAGCUGAACUAUAAAUAUGUUUAGGUAACUGUUCCCUGUUCAAGCAUUUUUAAAAAUGUGCUCAUUUAAGUUUUGUCUUAAAUUAUGAAGUAAACAAAUGGAUCAAAUAUGGUCCCAUCCAGUCAAUCGUAUCAACAAAACAAUGCAGAUUUUAUUUUUUAUGCUGGAUUUUUGGGGCCAUUUGCUAUUGAAGUGUUGUAAAUGUUGCCGGUUGUGAAGAAAUUAGGAAAAAAUACCACUCAGACAUAAUGUGUGAUAUGCAAAGUGGCAAUAAAAACAGGGAUGCUGAUUGUUGACA